AUGUUCUUCAACAUCGCCCAGGUCGUGCUGUCGGCGACCGUCGCGACAGCCGCAUGCGUCCCGACAAACCCUCCGCCGACAAACCCCCCGCCAACAUCCGGAUCGGUUCGCCUACACCCAAACGGCAACACCAACUGGUGUCUCGAGGUGCAGGGCAACAAGCGUGCGGACGGCACCCCGGUUCAGCUCGCCCAGUGUUCGACGAGCGCGGCUCAGGCGUGGACCAUCCAGAAGGGGAGCACGGUAGUCAAAUUGGCUGGUUCCAACUUUUGCCUUGACGCUGGGUCCACACCAGGGAACGGUGUUAAGAGCAAGAUCUGGACGUGUUACACUGGUCUUGCGGCUCAAAAAUGGUGGUACACGGACGACAACCGGGUCGCGCUCGAGGGCAAGGGCCAGUGCGUCGACCUGCCCAGCGGUGGACUUUACGCCGGCAACGUUGUCCAAACCUGGCAGUGCUCGAACGGGAACAACAACCAGGUGUGGACAACCUCCUCUGCACCUGCUGCACGUCGCGACUUGGAUGAGCGCAUGAUCUGCCCCGGCACGUCCCUCACCCCUGGUGGCCGUAAGGCUGGUCUUGCGGGAGGCGACGCUUUCGACCAGCUCAAGAACUACGUCGGCUGGUGGUACGACUGGACCGGCAAACCGUCAGGCCACACAGGCGCUCCUGUCGCCAUCCCUAUGCUUUGGGGUAAUGGCCACCGCGGUUCUGUGCAGAACGACGCCGCCCGCUUCCAACAGUUCAUCAGCACCUGGUCGGCCAGUAACCCACCCACCUAUGUGCUCGGCUUCAACGAGCCCGACUGCACGAGCGGUGAGAGCGCUUCCAUGAGCGUUGCAGAGACUGUCUCGGCGUGGGAAAAGUACCUUGCGCCGCUGGGGCGCGCGGGUUCGCUCCUCGUCUCGCCUGCAAUGUGCGCGCAACUGGACGAGUCAUUCCUCACGCCGUUCACGCAACAGAUCUCGACGCCGUAUGACGUUGUCGCCGUCCACAUCUACAAGCCCGACAUUGGCCAGCUCAAGGCAGUACUUGACUAUUUCUGGACAAAGUACAACAAGCCGAUGUGGGUCACUGAGUUUGGCUGCGUGUACGACCAGAAUGGCUUCAACGGAUGCUGGGACCAGGGCCAGGCUGUACAGUUCAUGAAGGAUGCGGUUGCGACCUUCCAGAACGACAACCGUGUGUACGCGUACGCUCCCAGCAACGUCGGCAACGCUUGGGUUGUUACCUCAGGCAACCAGCUCACAGAGGUCGGCAAGGCGUACCUCAAUGCCGUCAAGCAGUACGCGUAG